GCUUACGCGAGCGGAUGCGAUGUCGUCAUUCUGAACGAAUGCUUUAUUCGUGUGCAGAUCAUUCCAUGGGAUAAGCUGGAUGGCCUGAUUGUACAGGCAGUCAGCUGCAGUCCCUACGACGGGAAGAUUGCGGUGGCCAAUUCCAAGCGCAUAUACAUUUACUCUCCCAAGUGCCUAGCUGCCAUGCCACUAGAAGGAAGCACGAGGGAUGGGAUAACACCAGGCUGCCCAAGCCCAGACAGGGGAAGUCGAGAGGCGGAGGUGGGGUUCGAACCACGGACCUUCCGUUCGUUGUCUACGGGGAGCACCGUUCGGUGUAGUCUGUCCAACGUAACUUGGUACCUACAACAUUGUAUCGAUUUACCGGCACAAACACUGGUCUGCUGCCUUGCUUGGUCCCACGAAUCAUGCUUUUCUACCCGCAAGUCAGGGCUCCUGGUCGCCCAAAACGAUGGUCAGUUAAUCAUGUGGCGUCCCCCAUCUUCUCCGGAUCAAUUGAGACGUGCUCAUCCGCCGCAAUUUCUGUUGGGUUCUAGCCCGUUAGGCUCUGAGACGACUUCGGUUGGAGAGUUGUCCAUGGACGAAAUAUCCGGAGACAUACCGAUACCUUGGCAAAACUCUGAGAGUUGGAAAUCCCUAUCAAUUGGCAAUCUUCCAGGUACGCCGUUACAAAUGGAAUUUAGCCCAGACGGUCGUUAUUUCGCAACCCUAUUCCAAAGCCCCGGUGACAAAAAGACUACCAAAAUAUUCGUCUGGUUUCAAGCCAAUCAACAUUUGCCUGAUCUCGAUGACCGCUCAUCAGAUGGUACGUUAACAGAAGAGAGGUGGGAGCACAUGGUACUGCCCCAUCCUGUAUCAGCCCUAUACUUCACUUGGCGCAGUUGUAGCCCCUACCUACCCGUCCAUAUAGGGCAGACGGCACAAAGAAAAGUAGACAGAUCCCUACUGAAAGAUUCGGCAAUGGAGGCACAAAGUAGAUCUAUGGGAUUACGAUUCACACCACAACGAUUGAUAGCCGGGGCGGUGGAAAUCGCCCAGCAUCCCAGUGUGAAUAGAAUAAAAGGCUCAGAACUGGAGGACGUGAUCGGAAUAGUUCCAGAUCGGUCGAGCUAA